AUUUGACUUUGACAUUUUUGACAGAUUGACAGAAUAUUAUAAAAAAAAACCUAUUGGUUUUAAAGAUAGGAGUAUCUACAAAUCUGCUUAAGACAUGAAUGUCAUGAUUUAAAUAAACUUCAAACAAGAAUUAAAACUAUCAAAGACAUAGAUGACGAAGAUAUGGCAAAUAACUCUGGAUUAAAUGGUUUAUACCGACCAAGAAGUGCUUUAGCUCGGGCCUUGUAUGAAAAACAGAGAAAUGACCGACAUUUGCAGGAGUUUGAUCAGAAUGAGUGGUACCGCGUCGAUAAAAGUCGAGUGAAUGAAGAGUUGCAGCAGAAGUUCGUCCAGUUGGAGCCGGAUGAUGAGACAAAAGAAUUUCUGUCUAACUCCAUCGACAAGUCUAGCUGGGUGUGGACGCAGAUCUGGUACUUGCUGGCCAAAGCUGUCCUUAAACACUUCUGGACCACCACAGACAUCAACGGAUCAAAUUUUAUGCAAUUUAGCCGCAAAUAAAAGAAUCUAAUAAUAUCCCUCAUGUAAGACAUUCAUGCGGAAUCUAGUAGAAGCGAGAAUUUCGCGCCGCUCCACGUUGUAAAUGGCCUCCACGCAUCUCAUUACGCCUCUAAAUGCGCCACUAUUUGACUAAACGAGACUUUUUAUUCACCUACCAGAUACUCACGAUUCAAUUCGUGAG